CCAUCUUUAAAAUGUUGAGUGGCACUGGAGCAAUUAGGAAGAGAUCUAGGUGAUAAUGGUCCAUUUAAAAUAAAUCCUUCCUUCCUCUAAAAUCCCCAGAAUUUGUUUGCCACUGGAAAUACAGUUUUUGAAAAGAGGCAGGAAGCAAACUGACUCCUGACAAGUGGUAUUUUCAGCUUUCUCCUCAGCCUUCGUGUGUGAACUCGGGGACGAUGUGGACCUGGGCACUGUGGAUGUUGCCUUUACUCUGUCAAUUCAGCCUGGCAGCUCUGCCAGCUAAGCCUGAGAACAUUUCUUGCAUCUACUACUAUAGGAAAAAUUUAACUUGCACUUGGAAUCCAGGGAAGGAAACCAGUUAUACCCAGUACAGAGUUAAGAGAACUUACUCUUUUGGAAAUAGAAUUGAGAGUUGUACAAUUAAUAGUUCUACAAGUGAAAAUCGUGCUUCGUGCUCUUUUUUUCCUCCAAGAGUAACAAACAGAGACAAUUGCACCAUUCAAGUGGAAGCUCAAAAUGCAGAUGGUAUAAUUAAAUCUGACGUAACAUCUUGGAACAUAGAUGCCAUAGCAAAAACUGAACCACCUGGGAUUCUCAGCGUGAAACCAGUUUUGGGCAUCAAACGAAUGGUUCAAAUAAAAUGGAAAAGGCCUGAGCUGGCACCUUUUUCAUCUAAUUUAAAAUACACACUUCGAUUCAGGACAGUCAAUAGUACCACCUGGAUGGAAGUCAACUUCACUAAGUAUCAUUACAGUACCAUUGAAAUCUACAACCUCACAGGGCUACAGGCUUUCACGGAGUAUGUAGUAGCUCUGCGAUGUGUGGCCAAGGAAUCAAGCCUCUGGAGCGCCUGGAGCCAAGAAGAAAUGGGAAUAACUGAGGAAGAAGCUCCAUAUGGCCUGGAUCUGUGGAGAAUCUUGAGACCAGCUGAGACAGAUGAAAGAAGACUGGUGGUGUUGCUAUGGAAGAAUACAAGAGGAGCCCCAGUCCUGGAGAAAACACUUGGCUACAACAUAUGGUACUUUCCAGAAAAUAAAACUAACCUCACAGAGAUCAGGAACACCACUAACCAGCAGUUUGAACUGGAUCUGGGAGGCGAGGCAUAUUGGGUGUCUGUGAUUUCUUACAAUUCUCUUGGAGAAUCUCCAGUAGCCACCCUGAGGAUUCCAGCCAUUCACGAAAAACCACUGUGGCAUGUUGAGGCCCUGCAGGCCUGCCUUGCUCAGGACCAGCUGGUGGUGGAGUGGCAAAGCUCUAAUCUAGAGGUGGACACAUGGAUGGUAGAGUGGUUCCCAGAUUUGGACUCAGAGCUCCCUGCUCUUUCCUGGGAACUUGUGUCUCAGGCCAGGAAUUGGACAAUCCAGCAAGAUAAACUGAAGCCUUUCUUGUGCUAUAACAUCUCUGUGUAUCCAAUGUUGCAAGACCAAGUGGGCGAGCCAUAUUCCAUUCAGGCUUAUGCCAAAGAAGGCAUUCCAUCAAGAGGUCCCAGGACCAAGGUGGAGAAUAUUGGUGUGAAGACAGUCAUGAUUGUAUGGGAAGAGAUUCCUAAGAGUGAGAGAAAUGGUAUAAUCAGAAACUAUACCAUAUUUUGCCAAGCUGAAGACGGAAAAGAAUUCUCCAAGACAGUCAACUCUAGCGUGCUGCAGUAUGGCCUGGAAUCCCUGACACGGCAGACCUCUUACACUGUUAAGGUCAUGGCCAACACCAGUGCUGGGGGAAAAACUGGGAUGCAGAUAAAGUUCAGGACGUUAUCGCUCAGUGUCUUUGAGAUUUUUCUUAUAUCUUCUCUGACUGGAGGAGGGCUUCUUACUCUCAUCGUCCUGACGGUGGCAUAUGGUCUCAAAAAACCCAACAGAUUGACUCGCCUAUGUUGGCCCAAGGUCCCCAAUCCUGCAGAAAGUAGUAUAGCCACGUGGCAUGGAGGUGAUUUCAAGGAUAAGCUAAACCUGAAGGAAUUCGAUGACUCUGCCAACCCAGAAGAAGACAGGAUCCUAAAACCAUGUUCUGCCUCCAGUGACCUUAUUGACAAGUUGGUGGUGAACUUUGAGAAUUUCCUGCAAGACAUUUCUAUAGAAGCUGGAAAGUUUCAGGAAAACAUUUUGGGAGGGGAAGAUAAUGAGUACAUGAGCUCCCCACACAAGCCUGACUAUUCUCCAGGGAAGACUUCUGAGGAGUCUCCAGUUUCAACUGAGAUUGCGCCCAGAAAAUCCCAAUACCUGUGUUUGGGAAUGACAGAAGAGGCCUGCUCAGAAGCCAGUGAGCAGGGUCUCUUUUCUGGUCAGAGUUUAGGGCCAGACCACCCCUGUGAGGAAAGAGCACCAAAUCCAUAUUUGAAAAAUUCAGUGACAACCAGAGAAUUUCUCCUGUCUGAAAAACUUCCAGAACACAGCAAGAGAGAAGUUUAAAUGUCACCAUGACAUGAGCCCCCUGGGAGCUUCAGUGUAGACGACCCUUGCUGAGAGAGAAUGCCAAGACUUAGCGCAAAGUGCUUCUAGCCCCUCCCCUCUGUCCCCUGCCCCUGAACUGCUGGCUGAGCUUCACUGACACAGACGUGAAUUGGUGCUGGGAGGAAGAAGGCAAGGUGAGAAGCUCCCUGGGCUUGUAGAGGAAAAGCAAUUUCUUUUUCUUUUGUUCAGUUAACAGGCUCUCACUGAGCCUCCUGACACAUUGACUUCGGAGGACAAAAGAGCCCUGAGGUGGACAUAGCUUGCCUCCCAGAACUUGGGUUGUGGUCACAGCCUUUCCAGGAGGCCUUUCCCUGUUGCCAGAGGACAGUUGUUUAGUUGGUGGUUGGAUAGUCUGGUCGGAGCCUGGGCUUCAGCCUUCUUCUCAGAGGCAGCCCUGAAAUCGUACACUGUCCCCACACAGGGCGGGAAAUGGAGUGGACAUUCCUAGACUGUGUCUGAGGCUUUCCUAAUCCUUACUGCAUCUCAAGCGUCUGCAGCAGCACUGCACCCUGGGUUCCUGACCCCAGGUCAUGGCACAGUGACUGACACUAAAUCAAGGAAGGAGGGAGGGUCCCAGAGGGGUGCUGAGAAGUGGACUCUGCUGGGCUCAGGUCUCCCCAGUCUCCAGGCCACUUCCCUGGCCCUUGAGCUGGGAAGUAGGAAGCACCAGGCAUUGCAGUGGUCAUUGUACAGGGAGGGACACUGUCGCAGAGCCCAGGAAUGCUUACUGACCAUACCCGUAUGAGGCCUCUUUCCAGAAGUAGCUGAGCAGGGCCUGGGCAUGUGCCAGGUUUAGCAACUUUGCUGCUCCGACACAAGGAUGUCUUCAUCGUUUGCUCCAGCUAAGCACCGAACUCCUGACUGUCAGUGGAACCUUUGUGCUGAUUGCAGGCGUCAGCUGGUGAGACCUAGGGAAUGGCGUGGCUGGCACCAGGCUUCUACUGUGACCGAUGGAGUCAGCACUAGGGGAGUUCACUGGGAGCCUGGGGAGAUCAGGAGCAGGUAAGAUGCUAAGUGAAUGGCCCAAGGUCCAGACACCCAGCAUUUGCCAGCCAGGAAGACUGACGCUAUAUUUUCUAGGAGAGUUGAAGAAGUAAGUAUUUAUGUCCCAGGCAUGAACUUCACAAGCCAACUCACCUGUGCAAAAUGCCGCUUUACUUUCCUAUAAAUAAAAUUAAUUAUUAGCCCAAGACCCUGACACUUGUAAGUUACCUCAGCCCAGUUUGGUGAUUUUGGAGUUGCUUUGGGUUUGUAACUCAGUACCAUUUGGGAUUUUGAGCUCUUCUGUCCUUCCUGGGACUGGUUCUGAGCAUCAGGGGACAUUUGAUGGGGCAGGCUUUGUGGGGCAGAGUCAGCCACCCAGUGGGUCCUCUGGGCUCCUGUGUCACUGAUCUUUUGUGUAUGUGCUUUGG